AAAAUGAAAAGAGUUCAAGACAUUCUGCUAUGUUAUUCAAUUGUUCUGAUUUCAAGCGUUCUUUGUACAUUUUAUGGUUCGAUGACUGGAUAUGCCUGUAACCAUCCAAACAUCUAUCAAUCCUGCAAUUGUCAAAGUUUUUGCCAACCUUACACACAUCCUCAUGAAAUGUAUUAUCACCACGGCUACGGCUGUAAUGGACAUUGUUUAGAUCAUCAAGAGAGUAUGUGUGAAGAGGAUGAUGAAUGUGGUAUGAAAAAAAGAAAGAAACACCGAAAAAAGAACAAGAAGAAGAAAAAUAAGAAGAAAUUCAGGUUUUCAGACGAGGAGGACGAUGAGGAGAAGGUAGCCCAUCAUAAGAAAAAACCUAUAGAAGAAGACGAUGAUGAAUUUCCAUUACCUCCAAACUCGGAAGAAGUGGCAGAAGCAUCGAAAAGUUCGAAAAAGGAAGAAGACUGGGAAGACGAUGACAAGUGGGAACGGAAGUUCGUGAGCCAGACAACAACUCCUGCUCCCAGGCAGGCGGCCAGUGGUGGAGGUCUUGGAGGCCUAGGGUUGGGAAAUGGAGGACUAUUUGGAAUUAGCAGUGGUGUGGGAGUUGGAAUACCGGGAGUCGGACCGAUUGGAGUAUCGAGUGGUCUAGGAAUUGGAAAAUAA